AGCUGGCAGGGAGGAGGGAGGACUGCAGCACAGGAAGUGCAGCAGGACACCACGAACGACAGGAAUCACGACAUGACUCUUCCCGACGGAGCCGCCAGUUAAACCAGCGCAAAUAUCCCACCGCGGCGGUCGGAUUCAGGGGGGACAUGGGGGGCUCUCAGAGCGUCCAGAUCCCCGGCGGAGGAUCCGAAGGUUACCACGUCCUUCGGCUCUCAGGACAUUAUUCUCCUUGAUGCCAGAAUAACCGGUGUGGCCACUACAUGACUAAUGGAGUAAGGUGCAGGAACAUUCCCCGGGUUACCACGCUCGACUGGAGCCAUUCUUUGAUUUUAUCAUCUCAGUUUGUGACACUAGACUGAACAGGGACAACGACACCCUGAAAGAGCUGCUGAGAGUGAACGUGGAGAGGCCGGUCAAGAUGCUGCUGUACAACAGCCGGACGCAAACUGUCCGGGAGACGACCAUCACACCCAGCAACACGUGGGGCGGCCAGGGCCUUCUGGGGCUCAGCAUUCGCUUCUGCAGCUUUGAAAGAGCCAAUCAGAACGUUUGGCACGUCUUGGAGGUGGAGCCAAACUCUCCUGCAGGCCUGGCUGAUUUGAGGCCCUACGUUGACUACAUAAUCGGAGCGGACACGGCUAUGCGUGAGAGCGAAGACCUGUUCUCUCUCGUCGAAGCGCACGAAGGGAAGGAGCUGAAGCUCUACGUUUACAACACAGACGCAGACAACUGCCGCGAGGUGAUCAUCACCCCGAACUCUGACUGGGGCGGAGAUGGCAGUCUCGGGUGCAAGAUUGGGUUUGGUUACCUGCACAGGAUACCUACACUUAAGGAGGAAAAGAACUCCCGUUCCCCUUCACAGAAUCAUAAGGCAUCUCAUAUACCCAAAGACGGCUACACAGAGGUCCAACUCUCUGCUGUCAUUCCAACCGUUCCAGUUGUCAUCUCGUCUUCUGCUCCAACUGGAUUAGAGCAGCCUCUCAGCAGCUUAUCAGUCAGCUCUGAGCCAACGGCUGUCCUCGUUAACACGCCGACAGGAAUUCCCGUCAUCCCACCGCCCAACCAUGCAAUUCCCAAGCAAACACACCGUCUGCCUGUAAAUGGUGCUGCAACACAACCAGGCUUGAUUCCCGUUCCUGGAGCUAUUCCAGCCUUCAAUAAUUUCCCAAACCUAAACGCUACUUCGCCAGAAGUGGGUCAUGUUCUGCCGCCUGGACGUGGGAUACAGCAUGACGGUCUUCCUCCUCUCAACCUUCCAGCUGCAGUUUCCAGUGUUACUCCUCCUGACUUCAUUUAUCCACCCGUUGCUGUUAAUUCACACACCGCCAUCUAUCCCUCUUCCACCAUCCAUAUGAACAGUUCACUGACCAAAGCCCCCAGCCAUUCAUCGGUGCCCAACUCUGGAGCAAUUAAUUUCACUGUAACUGUGGACUCAUCUUAGCACGAGGGAACUCAUAAAGACGACACCUCGCCCUCAAGUCCUUCCACACCAUAAGCAGUCAGUCGCUGACAAAUUGGUCGUUUACACCAUGUUUGCAUAUGAGCUCCUGGAGGACGCUGAAGAUACAUGUGAGGAAUUUCAGCUGAAUUUAGACAUAACUCAAGGCUGGUACUAUGCAUUUUCACUUGUCCUCAGAAGCCGAUCAUAAGAUGUGGAAAACUCGAAUGCGGUUGUCAGCAUCAUUUCAUUUUAGUGGUUAGAUUACUGAAAAGUAUCAAGAGAAAGAUUUAAAAAGCUUAAGACGUUGCUGAGGAUUCUUUUUCAGGUUUGUUUGCAGUGUUGUAAAACCUUCUUUGAUUGCAAAAAAAAACAUAGUAAAGUUUGAUAUAAUCUUGA